CACACACACACACAGAAGCUGUCCUGUUCCUCGGUCACCGUGCGUAAUGAAGUGCGCGCCUGGAUAACACCCGGUGUGUGUGAAUGUGGUGUUUUGUAUUUUUCCUGAAAGGUGCAUUCCAGUUUCUUUGGUUGUCGGGUUUCUUUUUUUCUCCUCCAAGAUCCGUGUUGGAUUUUACUUAUGAUGGUUUUGGAUAUGCGCAAACGGGAUAAAGAGAAGCCCUUUCCUGCACGCAGAAGCAAAAUAAAAUAGGGUUUCGUUUACAGUGGACUUAAUCCUCUCGUUCCCUAUGAAGAAGCCAAAAAUUUGGAUACGUACCUGUGUCCAUUUGUUGCUUUGCAUCACAGUUGCUGUCUAUUCCAGUGUAAUCGGAAAUCCCAUAACAGAUGACAUCAAGAAAAUUUCAUUACUGAAACAGAAUAUCCCAAAAGACUACAAGAUCACUGUACAGUAUUUACCUAAAGAAGUGAGUGGUAUGUGCUGGGUGAAGCUCAACGUGUUCCAUUUGGAGGAGAGCUUAAAUGAACUGUCCGAGAAAUUUGGGAAUAUUUCCUCCAACAAAGAGGACAUAAGAAAAUUUGUGCAAAUGUUGAAAGAGAUGCGAUACAUCAUUGGUCAUAAUUUGGAGGAUUCCAUGCUGGAGUUUCAGUGCCACUACAGAGAGGAGAAAUGGCUCACGCCACGUUAUUUCGAAUUUGUCGAAGACUUUUUCAAUACAGCUAAUUCUUCAAAUGAUGAAGACUGCGAGCCUCCGCCGUGCCCGAGGACGAACAAUGCGAAAGUAAUGACGACGACGACGGCAUCGACGGCGGCGCCGACGCGGCAUUAUUCACAAGGCGGUCGCUCAUCAUCUGAGAACACAAAUGCAGAAGAAGGCUUCAUGAAUCACAUGACCUUUCCGGAGGUGGUGAAGGGCAGUCUCUUUUCACUCCUUUUCAUUCCCGUCAUCGCUGCCAUCUUGCUGCUUGUCUGGAAGGUAAAAUCCAGAAGAAACGCCCCAUCCGCGCAGAGUAGCACAGAAGGCCCGCCGCUGUACGUCGGAGCCGAGCCCAGCGCACCACCGCUAGAUGAUGAAAUAUCGGAAAACAAAAGAUUAAACAGCAUCUGCACAGUGUAACCCGACCCAUCCCGAUUCAUCGCAACUGAUUGUACAGCGGACGAAAAAAGGCGGCAACAACUCGAGAUCCACACGUAUAAACUUCCUAUUCUCUCAGCUAUGAGGGACGAGUACGGACCUCCAGCGAAGAACUGUCCACCGAGAUACGAUGACGUUUCUAAGAACAAUGGUCGGACCUUUUCUGUGGUAGAAGGGAGGAGGAGGAGGAGGAGGAGGAAGAGGGAGGGGUUGCUUGUGGUGGUUGUUCCUUUGGAGGACUGAAGGCUUGUCUAAGGCUUGACUGUGAUCCCUGGAUGGACAAGUACGUACAGGGAGGAAAAAGCUUUGGAUGAUCCACAUGAAAAGCGUUCCAGUUCCUGGGUUCAUGGGAAACGCAGCGGAGAGUUCUUAAAUAAUCCGGAAUGAGCACGAAGAAGAACCCGGCGCGGAACCGAAUACAUCUCGUCCUCUUUCCCUCCUGAUUCCUGUUUUGUAGAGUUCUCUCGCUCUUUGUGUUUGAGCUUCGGGCAUCCUACUUGUUUUUUAAUUCAUUCCAAAAAAAAAAAAAAAAAAAAUUCUCAGUUGUAUCAUCUGAAUUGUGUAUCGUUUUUAAUGUCGCUUAACUGGUGGUGUGGACUUAAUUUAUUUAUUUUGUUUCUCAGACUAUGGUAUAAAAGUCUUCUUUUUUUUCCCCUGCUCCUGCGUGGGUAGUGAGCGAGAUGAUCGUGGAAGUGCUUCAAGUACGCUUGAACCCCCUGCUCGUUAAACCGCCGCAGCCACGCUAACGCUCGCCCUCGGACCGACUAAUUACUGAUCUUAUCUUUCUCCCUUUCCAAACAUGCGCACUGCAUUCACACGGUUCCUCGUAGAGGCUUCGGCAGGACGAUCUCCGAGCUCCGAUUCAGGAAUUCGGCUCCAUUUCACGCUCUGCUGACACGUCAAGCGUUUUAUAUACAAACAGUACUGUGCAAAAGUCUUGACACCCCCCCCCCCCCCUUUCCAAAGAGCCAGGCUGUCUUGUCUUUUUGAGGAAAAGUUCUGCAGGACGUUUUUGUCUCUCAGUCCCUGUACCUCAGCAGUCUCAAAGGAAUGUGUCCUGUGAAUUAUUCAAGCAUUUUAAAAAGAAUCUAACUUGAGCAACAUGACCCGGUGAGAAGCAGGUGCAGAUGAUGACAGAUGAUCAGGGUAGUCAUUAGUUAUACUGCUGAUUUGGAACAGACGAGAGGGGAAAUGAGGUCGCUGCUGAGGUCGUUACAUUAACAUGGAACAACCAGCUUUUUAACUGUAUCUUUAGAGACUUUGCAGAACAUUUGUUCUCAUUUCCGCAGUUGAAUCGACAUCAUUUAAUUUCAUUUACUAUGACUUUUCCUUGCACAGUACUGUACAUACAGUAUAAUCUGAGAUGAUGCUUAAUGGCCAGCCGUCUUACAGAUCAGUCGACUUCACCAAAUUUUGUUUUUUAACAAUCUCUUUACAAUUUCUAAUAGUUUGUAAUGAAUGUUAGUAAAAUUUAAAUAAAUGUUACUGAAUGUAAUAUGUGAUACAGUUCUCUUUAAAGAAAGAAUAAGGAAACAGGGCAUGUGUAUAUUUCUGCUCUGCAAAAAACAAAUUCCAAUUUAAUUAACUUUUUUUUUAUACUGUAAUUUAAUAUGACAUGCAACUGCGGAACAUUUCACAAAAGGUCAUGUAUCUGAAAUCUUCCAUUAGGAUUUAUUAUUAUUAUUAUUAUUAUUAUUAUUAUUUAAUCCUGUGCCUUUUGUUAAAGGAAGUCCACUUUACACUCGUCCUGGAUAAGCAGCCAUAGUGUGUGUGUGUGUGUGUGUGUGUGUGUGGUGUGUUUGAGAGACACGUUUGUGAUUGAUAGAAGAGCAUUUAUUAAAACGCUGUGUGUAACACUGAACAUCGAGGGUCUCUUAACUAACACUAUUCUCUGUCUGUGAGUCACAUCAUUUGGUUCGAAUCUGAAUCGAGUCUUUACGGCGUUUUCUUCUAAACCAGACGAACAUGUUUUUGACCGUUGCUUGGUGUGUGUAUGAUGACGUCGAUGACGUUAAAUGUCAGAUCAGAUGCAGCGAUUGUUCAGACUAUUGACUUCAGAUCAGCCUUGAGAAAAAAAAAACUCAAGUUUUCGGAUCAACAAAAAAUUGUUAUUUCAAUGUUUUGGGAAAAAAUCUGCAUUAACACCUGCAGUGUUUAUUCCAUCGAUCCAUAAUAUUUAAAGUAGGUACUGCAUGAAUGAGACCAUACAGUUUGAGUUUGUUUUAAUUAUGGAUGAAGUAAAGAAUGAGAUGAAAGACCUUUAAAAAAAAAAAAAAUUAACAAUAAUUUUAAAACAUUUUUUUCUAUAACAGCACUGUUUGUUUGGCAAUUCUAAAAUGUUUUUAUUAAAUGACACAUUUCUUAGUGGUUAGCACUGUCACCUUGCACCUCCAGGUCCUGGGUUCGAUUCCCACCUCGGGGUCUGUUCUACACGUGCUUGGUGGGUUUCCUCCAGUUUCCUCCCACCUUCCAAAAAAGAUUAAGCUAAUUGGCGUACGGUCGUACAAAUGGGAAUAAAUGGUCACCCGUUGGCCUCAGUGGUCACUAGAUGGAUGGAUGGAGUUGCUGUGUUCCCCAGAUUUAAGUGGAACAUAAUGGGAGCAUGAAAAGGGUACUAUUUUUCCUAGAAACCCACUGUAUGUUCCCCAGUUCUAGAGUCCUAUCUUCCCAGGAUUCCAUGUUACCAAGGCCCUAUGUUCCCCCUGAUCCAUAUAGCACAAAAUGGAAUUCUAUUUUUUUAGGGAACGUAGGACCCUGGGAACACGGGUUAGCUCUACCAAACAGACUCCUUCCACAAAGGUUACAAUCAUUCAUCAUGUGACGUCGACACGGACACGCUGGUCUUUUUUAAACAGCAAGACAAAUAUUUAAUUUCUUUUUUAAUUACGUCGUGCAGGUUGUCACUACGGAAACGAUCGUCAUCAGCGUGAGUGUGCUAACAUGAAGGUGUGGCUUCUCGAUUCUCAAACCAACAGUGCUGUGUUACAAAUAAAGCUUCUGUUUAAUGAAGGCUGUGAAUAAUGUUAGUUAUGUAACCCUUCUGUUUCCUCCGGGUACUCCGGUUUCCUCCCACAUUCCGAAGAGAUAUGCAGGUUAAGCUAAUUGCCGUUCCCAAAUUGCCCGUAGUGUGUGAGUGGGUGUGUGAGUGUGUGCAUGUGUGUGUGUGUGUGCAUGUGUGUGUGUGCCCUGCGAUGGAUUGGCACCCUGUUCGGGGUGUACCCCGCCUCGUGCCCUAAGUCUCCUGUGAUAGGCUCCAGGUUCCCGCGAGCCUGAAUACAGGAUAAAGCGGUAUAGAAGAGGAGUGAGUGAGUGAUGUAACCCUUUUGGGGCGUGCGUUACCAAACAGUGUUUGAGUUUGCUUUUCUCAAGCUUCUGAGUGGCUUCGGGCUAAAUCUGACUCAUCUCCAGCACGCUGCUGUCUGCUCAUGAGCGUCAGCUACAUUUUAUCUUCCCGUUCUCUUCAUCAGAACCCAUCUGUAGAGAAAGAUUGAACAGCGAUCAACAACAUAAAAAAACUAUAUAUAUAUUUCCAUAUGUGACAUUUCAGAUGAAGCUAUUCUGGUUAUGUUUUAUAUUCAGUAGAAUGUUCGUCACUGUUUUAAUGACCUGUGUGCGAAUGACCUGUUGCUGAUGAUUCGAAUGCAUUUCUGCCACUGUCAAUGAAUUAAAUCUGUUUCCCCGAUCAUGCAUUACCACUAAGGUUUUUGGUUUUCUCUCAAUUUACGACCUCGAAUGUGACUUUUCCGAGGACGUCUGAAAGAGAAAUCUGCCCGUUAUUGAACGUUUACAGCCUUAUAUUCAUUACGGCAGCAACUAAAAACUGUUGUUUUUUUUUUUCUUUUUUACAUUUUAUUUUAAUUGUACACAUUUUUAAACCUUUCCUCUUUCACCAGAACUAAACGACUGUAACGGAAUUAGGACUUAAGGUUGCGUGAGAACUAUUUACCCAUCAGACAUGAACUAUGUGUAGAAAUAGUGCAGUACUGCUUUUAAUUGACGUAAAGAAAAAAUAACAAAAAAAAAACUUGCUGGUGUUACAAAGUGUCGAUGCGCAUGCGGUCAAGUGUUAUGCUGUGCUUAAGUUGGAUUAGAUUCGAUGUUAUACGAGUCUCAUUGAGACAAAAAAAAAAAAAAAAGAAAAAGUCCAGUGGUUUGGUUGUUCUUUCUAACUGAGACAGAGUUUUUAAAAAAAUGACAACAAAACAACACAACCACAUGUAACGAGUUAAGAAGAAUAGUUGUACCAGAGCUCUAAUCAUCAUACACAUUUUUUUUUUUUACUGAUGUUAUUGCAUAUUAUUUUCAUUUUUUUGGUGUGGAAACAGGCCUAAGCUGUGAAACUUUAGAUGGCGGCGUCGUCUCCUUUUUUUUUUUCUUCUUUUUUUUUCCUUUUUGUUUUUGUUUGUUGUGUUUUAAAUCGACCCACUUAAGAGCCUCUGACCUCGAACCUGUGGACAGCACGCGACAUGCCAUGGACUUAUUGAAGGCCGUCAUGAAUCUGAGACUGAUUUCUUGCUCGUAUAUAUCGGAACACUUCAACUAGGACAAAUCCUCGUGUCUGGACGUGAGGUUUUAAAAAAUAAAUAAAUAAAUGUCCUUUGUGGGUGUCACAGGAACGAGAAGAGAAACUCACGCGGCGCAGAAUAAAAUCCCUGUUCCUGGACGUUUGGACUGUCAUGCAGCUAGAAGGCUCUUAGUCAUGGAAGAUAGUCAGGGUGCCAAAGGCAAAUAAGUAAUUGUGGCCCAGGUGAUGUGAUAUCUGGGUGACAGUCUACUGUAUUCUGUAUUUUUAUAUGGAUAUAUGCAUAUAAUGAAAAUAUAUGUAUGAGAUGUGAAUAAAAUACAUUUAUCCAAUUUA